UUUUUUGGAAUUAUUACCAAAAAAUAUUUUUUAUUAAAAAACUGAAUACUUUACCAGGACCAAAAGCAUUGCCACUUAUUGGCAGCUUUUAUCAUUUUCUUUUAAAGAAAGAUAUUAUAAAAACUAUACAUGAUUUCUCAAAAGAUUAUCCUUCUCUUUGUCAAGUUUGGAUGGGCAGCAAGUUAUUCAUUGCGGUAUAUAAACCAGACGAAGCGAAAACUAUCUUACACAGUAGAAAUUGCAUGAAUAAAAGUAUCUUCUAUAAAUUUGUUCAACCAGCAUUUGGCAUGGAAUCAUUGCUUAUUUCUGAAUCCAUGUGGAGUCGAUUGAGAAUAAUGACUGCACCAACAUUUAGUUCAUUUAUGAUAAAAAGUUUUUUUAAUACGUUUGUUGAACAAUCUUUAGCACUUACAUGUAAAUUAGAGAAAGUUGGAUUAAAUAAAAAUGAAAUUAUUUAUGUAGAACAUAUAUUAAAUUAUACUUGGAGAAUUGCCUGUGACUGCAUAAUGGGCAUCAAGUUGGAACCAACCAAAUACAAUCAAUGUAUAAAAGCAAUUCAAAGGUUAAAAAAAAUAGUUUCCUGUAGAUUAGUGAAUAUAUACAUAUAUUAUUUUGAUAUCAUAUUCAAUCUUACUCCUUUGGGACGCAAACAGGAAAAGAAUUUAAAUUUAUUACAUUCUAUUAUUGAUGAGAUGAUACAGCAACGCAUAGAAUUAAAAAACGUAAAUACAAUCGAAAAUGAGAAAAACCGAACUUAUAGAACGUUUUUCGACGUUCAGAUGGAUGCAUGCCGUAAACAAAAUUUCACGCAACAGGAGAUUCAUAACAACGUAAUAACAAUGUUAUUAACGGAAAAAGUAUAUCAAGAACUAUUAAAUAUUUAUGGCACGGAAACUAUAAAAUCUGCAUCAAUUAAAUACGAUGAUUUGCAACAUAUGCAUUAUUUGGACCGAGUUAUCAAGGAAACGUUGAGAAUUUUCCCUCCUGCCCCUUUAAUUGGACGACAAAUAACAAAAGAUUUAAAAAUAGGAGAAGUUGUUUUACCAAAAGGUGCAGACAUUAUUAUAGGAAUUCUGAAAAUGCAUCGGGACGAAGAAUAUUGGUCAAAUCCAAUGAUGUUCGAUCCUGAUAGAUUUCUCCCAGAAAGAAUAAAGGAUUGCCACUUAUGUUAUCUCCCUUUUAGUGAAGGACCAAGAAAUUGUAUGGGUAUGAAAUAUGGAAUGAUGUGUUUGAAAGUCAUGAUAGCAACAUUGGUACGAACAUUCAUAUUCAAAGUAAACAAAAGCAUUGAAAUAUACCAAAUUAAAUUGGAACUUGGAGUAUUAUUGUCUCCUAAAAAGCCAUUAAAAGUCAAAAUUGAAAAACGAUGUUUCCAAUAAAACAGUAUAAAGAUGUAUUGGACAUAAAUAAGUGAAAAAUAUUUCAUGUGAGCAUCUUAAAA